CUGUCGUCUUUACUGUCGUAAGGUUCCUGUUCGGGGAGUGAGAGCAGCGAAGGUUCCGGGACUGCGCUUGGGACGACACCUUCGCUUUUGCAUUUGGCCGGAGUGAUCUAAGCCUGAAAGAGGAGACUGGAGCCAAUCACUUUAGCUCAGAUAUCUGGGAACGUGCUUUUGCGCCAUACAAGACUUUCUGGGACUUGUGGUUCUGCUUCAGGACACGGGCUCUAAGCCUGACAGCUGGCGGAAGUGAGACGGCGGGGAAUGGCAGCGGCGGCGACCAUGGCGGCUGCUGCCCGCGAACUGGUGUUGCGCGCCGGGGUCUCAGAUGUGGAGGAGGAGGAGGGCCCGCUGGGGGGUGUUUCUGGGCUCCAAGAGCCCCUGCAACUUGGGGAGUUGGAUAUCACCUCUGAUGAAUUCAUCCUCGAUGAAGUGGAUGUUCACAUCCAGGCGAAUCUGGAGGAUGAGUUAGUGAAGGAGGCCCUCAGAACGGGUGUGGAUCUGCGGCACUAUUCAAAGCAGGUGGAGCUGGAGCUGGAGCAGAUUGAGCAGAAAUCGAUCCGGGACUAUAUCCAAGAGAGUGAAAACAUAGCGUCUUUGCACAAUCAGAUCACAGCCUGCGAUGCAGUCCUGGAGCGCAUGGAGCAGAUGCUGGGAGCUUUUCAGAGCGACCUGAGCUCCAUCAGCUCUGAGAUUCGGACCCUGCAGGAGCAGUCAGGAGCCAUGAACAUCAGGCUUCGUAACCGACAAGCUGUUCGGGGAAAACUUGGGGAACUUGUAGAUGGGCUAGUGGUGCCCUCGACUCUGGUCACAGCAAUUCUGGAAGCUCCAGUAACAGAGUCCAGAUUCCUGGAACAGCUGCAGGAACUGGAUGCCAAGGCAGCUGCAGUCAGAGAGCAGGAGGCCAGAGGCACAGCUGCCUGUGCAGACGUCAGAGGCGUGCUGGACCGGCUCCGGGUCAAGGCAGUGACAAAGAUCCGUGAGUUCAUCCUCCAGAAGAUUUAUUCCUUCAGAAAGCCGAUGACCAACUAUCAGAUCCCCCAGACAGCCCUGCUGAAGUACAGAUUCUUCUAUCAGUUCCUGUUGGGCAAUGAGCGAGCAACAGCCAAGGAGAUCAGGGAUGAGUAUGUGGAGACGCUGAGCAAGAUCUACCUGUCUUACUUCCGCUCCUACCUGGGGCGGCUCAUGAAAGUGCAGUAUGAGGAAGUUGCUGAGAAAGACGAUCUGAUGGGUGUAGAAGACACAGCGAAGAAAGGAUUCUUCUCGAAGCCAUCCCUCCGAAGCAGGAAUACCAUCUUCACCCUGGGUACCCGUGGUGCUGUCAUCUCCCCCACUGAACUGGAGGCCCCCAUCCUGGUGCCCCAUACUGCCCAGCGUGGAGAGCAGAGGUAUCCAUUUGAAGCUCUCUUCCGCAGCCAGCACUACGCGCUCCUCGACAAUUCCUGCCGGGAAUAUCUUUUCAUCUGUGAAUUUUUUGUCGUGUCUGGCCCAGCUGCACAUGACCUGUUCCAUGCUGUCAUGGGCCGCACGCUCGCCAUGACUCUGAAACACCUGGAGUCCUACCUGGCCGACUGCUACGACGCCAUUGCUGUUUUUCUCUGUAUCCACAUUGUUCUCCGAUUCCGCAACAUUGCUGCCAAGAGGGAUGUCCCUGCUCUGGACAGGUACUGGGAGCAGGUGCUUGCCUUGCUGUGGCCUCGGUUUGAGCUGAUCCUGGAGAUGAACGUUCAGAGUGUCCGCACCACCGACCCCCAGCGCCUCGGGGGGCUGGACACUCGGCCCCACUAUAUCACACGCCGCUAUGCUGAGUUCUCCUCUGCACUUGUCAGCAUCAACCAGACCAUCCCCAAUGAGCGCACACUGCAGCUGCUGGGACAGCUACAGGUGGAGGUGGAGAACUUUGUCCUCCGAGUGGCUGCAGAGUUCUCCUCCAGGAAGGAGCAGCUUGUGUUUCUGAUCAACAACUAUGACAUGAUGCUGGGUGUGCUGAUGGAGCGGGCUGCUGAUGACAGCAAAGAGGUGGAGAGUUUCCAGCAGCUGCUCAAUGCACGGACACAGGAGUUCAUUGAAGAGUUGCUGUCUCCCCCCUUUGGGGGUCUGGUGGCGUUUGUGAAGGAGGCUGAAGCUUUGAUUGAGCGUGGACAGGCUGAGCGACUUCGAGGGGAAGAAGCCCGAGUCACUCAGCUGAUCCGUGGCUUUGGUGGUUCCUGGAAGGCGUCGGUGGAGUCCCUCAGUCAGGAUGUAAUGCGGAGUUUCACCAACUUUCGAAAUGGAACCAGCAUCAUCCAGGGAGCACUGACCCAGCUGAUCCAGCUCUACCAUCGCUUCCACCGGGUGCUGGCACAGCCGCAGCUGCGGGCGCUGCCAGCCAGGGCCGAGCUCAUCAACAUCCACCACCUCAUGGUGGAGCUCAAGAAGCACAAGCCCAACUUCUGACUACGUCUCUAGGACCGACGGCCCCACGCAGUCACCUGGGGUCCCCUCUCCUCUUGCUGUUAUCUCUGAGGCUUCCACGGUCUCCAUCUGGCCUUCAUGUGCCCGAGGCCACUUCUUCCUGGACUUCUGUGGGACCUUUGCCACUUCCUAUCCCUGUCUCCUCCACUCCGGUUGCUCACACCUGUGAAACUUCCCCUGCUUCUGUCUCUGACUGAGUCUCAGCUCUGAGGAAGAGCGGCGGAGGCUGCCCACUCUCCUGUAGCUUGCUCUGCCGUCUCCACUUGAACACUAAGCCAUCACCUCAGUCUGUCUGUCUGUCUGUCUGCAAUAAUAAGUACUUAAUGUGCUAUGACAGCUUCCUCUUAUUUGUCCGGGGGCCUUCGAGUUCUCCAUCAUUUCCUUACUGUAGAUCUGUCCAGUUCCCACCAUGGUGGGCAUCCAGGAAGGAGGCAGGUGGCAGCCUAUGGUCUGUCGCUUCUCUGACCCAACAGGUUGCUUAGGAGGGGGCUGCUUUAUAGCUCUCCGGGAAGGUAGCACAUGUCACAAGGCUUGGGAACAUGGAUAGCUUUGGGCACUGUCCUGAGGGCUACCAUGGGAGAAGACCACCACUCUGAGAUUGUCUGCCUUAGCCUCUAAGUGGUUGUCGCAACUCCUCUGAGGGUAGGGUUCCUGUAACACCUGCACCCAGACAUUGGGAUGGGUGGGCCCGGCUCCAAAACUUAUAUCUUGUCAUUUACAUUUGCCUCAGACCCUUCCUGCUGCCUUGCUUAUAUGCCCAGUGGAGACUGUGGAGCAGUGUUUCUCAACCUUCCUGAUGCAUCGACCCUUUAAUACAUUUCCUCACGUGGUGGUGACUCCUAA